AUGAAGAGGACAAAAGAAAAUGACAAUAAUAACAUAGUACAUUAUGUAGAUUGGAUAAAUCAGAUUUUUAAAAAGAAUUCUUUACAAUGUGAUUUAUAUUUUUUGGAUGAUAACAAAGAAAAAGAUGUUAGUAAGAAAAGAAAAGCGCAGUUGAAGGGUGAAUAUGAUAAUAUAUCAAGGAACAAAGAAAAUAUGAAUAAUUGCAAAAAAAUAAAAAAUGAAUUAAGUAUAAAAGAUAAUAUGGACGAUUACAUAUAUGAUGCUCGUAUGUACAAUAAUGAUGAAGAGAAAAAUGUUAUAAAAAGUGAUUUUAAAAAAAAUGAUGAUAGAAAUGCUUGUGAUAUUUAUAAAAGUAAUAAAAAAUAUGUUCCUGAUAAUUGCCAUAUAUAUGAUGAUAAUAGUUUAGUUGAAAUUUUAGAUGGAAAAAAUAAAUUAAAUAAUAUAAGGAACAUACAUAAUGAUAACUCUUCUUCAUGCGAUAUAUCCGAUAUAAAAAGUGAAGAUGAAUAUAUAGAAGCCUAUGAAAAAAAGAAUGAAGAAAAUAUAAAUGAAUAUAAGAAUAAAAAAAAUAUAUCCAAUGAAAAUAUAACAGAAGGAAAAAGUUUAAUUUAUAAUGAUGAAUAUAAUUAUAAUUCAUUAUUAUAUAAUUCUUGUAAUGAUAAAAUAAGUAAGAUAAACAAAAUAAGUAGUCACAAUAAUAAUGAUAAUAAUAUGGAUAAUUAUAAUACGUUUGCAAAUGUGAAUAAUUUUAUAAUAUAUUCUUCAGAUGAUGAAGAUAAUAUAUUAAAUUAUUAUAAUGGUAAAGACGUAUUAAAUGAUGAGAUUAUGUUCCCUAUAAAAUUUAAUUUUGAAAAAUUAAAAAAAAAUAUUUAUGUAAUCGAGCAUAUAGACAAAAUAUAUUAUGAUACAUUUUUAAAGAAAAAUCCAAGUGGAAAAAGUGUUUUUAUGAAUGAUGAAUCUACUGGUUAUUUGAAGAAUGAUAUGGAUGACAAAUGUGUUGUUGAUAAUAUAAAUGUUAUUAAUCCUUCUAAUAUGAAUACGUUAAGUAAUAUUUCAAAUAUUAGGAAUGAAAAAAUAGAAAAUAAUAAGAAGAAUGAAAAAUUAAUAAAAUCAUAUCCUACACAAUCAAAAAAUGUUAUGAGUACAUUUUCCUUUUGGAAUAUUGAAAAGGAGACAUUUAUAACAAAACCUUUGUAUGCACAUAAUUUGAGAAAAAAACAAUUUAGUUUAUUAGAUGAAUCUGAAGAAAUGAUAAGAAAUUAUUCAUCUAAUCAAUAUUCUAUAAAAUUUGUACCAAGACAUUUAUUAUAUGUAAUGAGUCAGGUUGCUUCUCGAUCCUUUUUUGAUCCCUUAUAUAGAAAGCAGUUAUUUUUUCGUUACUAA